AUGAUACCGACACGCUGCGUCUGGGGUAGUGUUCGACACGUUGGUGGACCCCCCGCGAAGGCUGCGACAGCGGCGCGGUUCCAGUUCCAAGCGACGCAGCUGACCGUGAAGCAGCUGUUGAGGUUCAAGUGGGUCGAUACCGUGGCCAUCAACGGGUGCUCGACAAGCGGCCCAAGCGGAUCGGUAAGAGCCUUGUGUUUGGGACGGCUGCGGGACGUCGCGGGCGACACGAUCCAGCUCGUGGACUCACAAGAUGCACAGCUUGUCGAUUGCUCGCUGGAGUCAGCGGUCCAGGCCACAGGGUCCCUCGAGAGGAAGGUUGGCGGUGGUGACGCCGGUGGCUAUGAGAUCCGGUUGCAACGCUUGCAAGUGCUCAAUGCGGCGAACGGGACUCCAGCACAACUGCAAGGGAACAAGGCACUCGGGGCGUUUCCGCCGGAGUACCGAUGUCUGCAAUUGCGGCUGCGGGAGAACCAGCAACUGCUGAGGUCCCGAUACGAGGUGGCCCUCCAGAUCCGCAGUGUACUCGACGGAGCACACUUCACAGAGGUCGAGACACCGCUUCUGUUCAAACCGACACCGGAGGGAGCGCGCGAAUUCCUCGUCCCGACGCGGCAGCGAAGCCGGUUCUUUGCGCUCACGCAGAGUCCACAGCAGUACAAGCAGUUACUCAUGGCCUCAGGCGUUCACCGGUACUUUCAGUUCGCUCGCUGCUUCCGCGACGAGGACCUCCGCCGCGACAGGCAGCCCGAGUUUACGCAGGUCGACCUCGAGAUGGCAUUUGCGACGGGGAGCGACGUCAUGCGCACCGUCGAGGACGUGGUUGUCCCCGUGUGGUCCGCACAUGCGGUUCAGGGUCCGCUGCUCACUUUGGCGGAGGGUCCCACGCUCGUUGAGGCCAGGGGACUGCUCAAACGGCUCAGUUACAGACACGUCAUGACGAAAUACGGUAUCGACAAGCCGGACCUGCGCGCACCAGCGUUCCAAAUAACGUCCCUUGAGGAUAACCACGUACGGGCGACAGAGAACGAACGGUUCCCCGUAUUCGAGGUGCUAGUCGUCAGAGGCGGUAGCGCCCCAUCAGGUGAGUGGUGGACGAAACUUGUUCAUCCGGACCUUUACAACUCACGGACACCCCUGGCGGUUCCAAUCGAUACGGACGAGGCGCGGGACCACUGGUUUGAACGGUUUUCUCCCAUGGCAAGCUUCGAGGACACGUCUCUCAUCAACGAGCAGUUGAACCUGCAGAGGGGAGACGUAGUGUUCGGUUCGACAAGGGAACCGGAUCAUAUGCUCUUCGAGAACCCGACCCCGCUUGGGAGGUUGCGGCAGCUUAUCUUGGCGACGCCCUGGGGGCAGUCCAACCUGUUCGAGACUCAAGCGGACGUUGGUGCAUGGGUCGUCGACUUCCCCUUGUUCUCACCAGUGGAGACGACAACGACAACGGGCACAAAGCGCAAGUACCCAAACUACGAGGCGGACAAGUACAUCUCGACACACCACCCGUUCACGAUGGUGCAGCUGGACACGUAUCAAAACCUGGAGACAAGUCCACUGGAGUGUCUCGGGCAGCACUACGACCUCGUGAUCAACGGCGUCGAACUUGGCGGCGGCUCGACAAGGAUCCACGAUACGGCGCUACAGGACUACAUAUUCAAAAACGUCCUUGACAUCCACAACUCGCACGAACUGUUCGGACACUUGCUCGACGCGCUCGCAAUGGGUGCGCCGCCACAUGCCGGGUUUGCGAUCGGGUUUGACAGGAUGUGUGCGAUGCUGCUUGGGCGAGACAGUAUCAGAGACGUGCUGCCGUUCCCGAAGAGCGUGAACGGAUCGGACCUUGUCGUGAAAAGCCCCGCUGUGGUGCCUGAGAGCGUCCUCAAGUCUUACCAUAUCCAGUACCUCAAGGAGUAA